AGUUCUCGUGCCGCGGCGGCCCGGGCUCAGUUGUCUGAGCGAGCGCGAGCAGAGAGCCGGCGGGUGCAGGCAGCGGCGGCGGCCAGGCUGUUGAGGGGCGAGUGGCGGCGGCGGGGGCCGGGCGCGUGGCAAGGUCCACGCGCAGGACCGCAUCGGAGCGCCGGCGGGAGCCAGCUGUGUCUGCAGCCGCGCCGGCCGCUUGCGCCCCUGCGCGCUCGGGUUCGGCCAUGGAGCUGCCAGCUGUUGGCGAGCACGUCUUCGCGGUGGAGAGCAUCGAGAAGAAGCGGAUCCGCAAGGGCAGAGUGGAGUAUCUGGUGAAAUGGAGAGGCUGGUCCCCCAAAUAUAACACGUGGGAACCAGAGGAGAAUAUCUUGGAUCCCCGUCUGCUGAUCGCCUUCCAGAACAGGGAAAGGCAGGAACAGCUGAUGGGCUAUCGGAAGAGAGGGCCCAAGCCCAAACCGCUGGUGGUGCAGGUACCCACCUUUGCCCGUCGCUCCAAUGUCCUGACUGGGCUUCAAGACUCCUCCGCUGACAACCGUGCCAAGCUGGAGUUGGGCACCCAGGGCAAGGGCCAGGGGCACCAGUAUGAGCUCAACAGCAAGAAACACCAUCAGUACCAGCCACACAGCAAGGAGAGGUCCGGUAAGCCGCCCCCACCCGGGAAGAGCGGCAAGUAUUACUACCAGCUAAAUAGCAAAAAGCACCACCCCUACCAGCCAGACCCCAAAAUGUACGACCUGCAGUACCAGGGUGGCCACAAGGAGGCACCCAGCCCCACCUGCCCAGACCUGGGCGCCAAGAGCCACCCUCCUGACAAGUGGGCCCACGGAGCUGCAGCCAAAGGCUACCUCGGGGCAGUGAAGCCCUUGGGGGGAGGGGCAGGAGCUCCAGGCAAGGGCUCUGAAAAGGGCCCCCCCAAUGGCAUCACACCGGCCCCUAAGGAGGCGGUGACCGGUAACGGCAUUGGGGGCAAGAUGAAGAUAGUCAAGAACAAGAACAAGAAUGGGCGCAUCGUGAUCGUAAUGAGCAAGUACAUGGAGAACGGCAUGCAGGCGGUGAAGAUCAAGUCGGGCGAGGCAGCGGAGGGCGAGGCGCGCUCCCCCAGCCACAAGAAACGGGCUGCUGAGGAGCGCCAUCCCCAGGGCGACAGGACUUUUAAAAAGGCAGCCACUGCUUCUGAGGAGAAGAAAGCCGAAGCGCCCUGCAAACGCAGGGAGGAGGAGGCUCUGGUGUCCGGAGAUCCUCAGCCCCAGGACCUAGGGUCUCGAAAGCUCUCCCCGACCAAGGAGGCCUUUGGUGAGCAGCCGCUACAGCUCACCACCAAGCCAGACCUGCUGACCUGGGACCCAGCCAGGAGCUCACAUCCACCCACCCACCACCACCAUCACCACCACCACCACCACCACCACCAUACGGUGGGUCUGAACCUCUCCCAUGCGCGCAAGCGCUGCCUCUCCGAGACCCAUGGCGAGCGUGAGCCCUGCAAGAAGCGGCUGACCGCCCGCAGCAUCAGCACGCCGACCUGCCUGGGGGGCAGCCCGGUCUCUGAGCACCCUGCCAGCGUAUCCCCCACCACAGCCUCUCUGCCGCAGCCCGAGGUCAUCCUUUUGGACUCAGACCUGGAUGAACCCAUAGACUUGCGCUGUGUCAAGAUGCGCAGCGACUCCGGGGAACCGCCCAGCACCCUCCAGGUGAAGCCGGAGGCUCCAGCGGUGGCGGCAGUGGUGGCGCCGGCCACUGUGGCGGAGAAGCCUCCCGCUGAGGCCCAGGAGGAGCCAGCAGAGCCCCUGAGUGAAUUCAAGCCCUUCUUUGGGAAUAUAAUUAUCACUGACGUCACGGCGAACUGCCUCACCGUCACUUUCAAGGAAUACGUGACGGUGUAGUGGGAGGGAGUCGCGCCCACUGGGACUCAGCACCUGCAAUCUCGCAGAGGUUCCCAAGGAGAAGACCCCAGUUGCGGUGGCCAGGCCCCUGCUCACUCCCUGGGAUCCCGAUUGAGUUGUCCAUCUUUCACUGUUUCCUUCCACGUGGUGCCUGCGGUCUCGCCGCCACUUCCCCUUCCCUAUAGGAGACCCGAGCCCUCCCUGUGGACCACCAGAACUGACCCCGCAGCCCCGAGGCGGUCUCAGAGCUAUAGUAUUAUAUUUUAACCGUGCUAACUGUCAAGUGCUGACUCUACUCCGGUUUGUACGUGGUGUUAUUCUUGAAAUGUAUUGUUUGAGCUCAGAAGGCCCGUUUACCCCCUCCCCUUCGGGCUGAUAUAUAUAUAUAUAUUUAUUUGUAGGUAUUUAUAUAUUGAAAUAUAAAAACCUAGAUUUAUGGAGUUUCCUCUAGAUCAUGUUAUAUUCUAUAUCAGACAGACUAUUUUAAGUUGGCCUUUUCUUUCUCCUUCAUUCAGUAUUUUGAUUUUAUUUCCUCUCCUCCAGGAACUGCGACACCAGUAACCUUGGUAUAUAUUUUUUGAUACUGUACACAUGGGUGUGUUGUUUCUAUGUGCAAAAAAAAAGUUUGUUAAAAGGCUAAAGAGCUCUCUAGAACCUGCUGCUAUAGAAAUGUCUGAACUAUACGCUUCCAAUUAUUACCUGCUUGAAUGUAAAUAUUAAAUGGAGAUGUUGAAGGUGCAA